ACUUACCGUCACAGACUCACAAACGGCUGCUCUCCAAAAUCCAUGGAAAAACAACAGAUUCUACUAGAAGAAUUAAGAAAGCAGCAUAACUUAAAAACUCUUCUGUUCCAUUAAAAAUCCUACCUAAAAAGACAUCGAAAGUAUAUCAUGCCAUCACUACACCUGCCUUCAAGGUUUUCUUCUCCAUCGUUUCCUCUCAUAAAUCUCACCACCUCGAAAAGACCAAUCUCCACCACCGCAAUCACCAUGUCCCUCUCAUCUUCACCAUCACCAUCAAUAUCAAACAACCCCAAAGAACACAAAGACCCUGAAAACCUAAUAGCCCAAGUCUUAAAAUACCACAACCAAACCAAACACUUCUUUACUAACUAUGCUAGAGGCCCUCAUGGUCUUGACUGGGCUAACCAACCUAAUCCAUUUAGACGUUACGUUUCUUCUCCACUUCUCUCCCUCCUUCACUUCCCCGUUGAAAAUAAUCAAGAUUCGACUUCUGUUUCUGCUCCUUUGUAUCAUUCUCUUUUCAAUUCACUUCCAUCUCCAAAACCCAUUUCUAAAUCCUCAAUUUCUCAGUUGUUUUAUGAUUCUUUAGCCUUGUCUGCUUGGAAAACAACUGGCUUUUCUACCUGGUCUCUCAGGGUUAAUCCCAGUAGUGGCAAUUUGCAUCCCACAGAGGCUUAUAUUAUUAGCCCAGCGGUUGAUUCUGUUUGUGAUUCUGCUUUUGUAGCACAUUAUGCACCAAAAGAGCAUUCUUUGGAACUUAGAGCGAAAAUUCCAGAUACUUUUUUGCCUAGUUUUUUUCCAAGUAAUGCUUUUUUGAUAGGGGUUUCGUCCAUUUUUUGGCGGGAGGCGUGGAAAUAUGGAGAGAGGGCGUUUAGGUAUUGUAAUCAUGAUGUGGGUCAUGCUAUUGCUGCUAUUUCAUUGGCUGCAGCUGAGCUUGGUUGGGAUGUGAAGUUGCUUGAUGGGUUAGGGUCUAAGGAGUUAGAGAGGCUAAUGGGGCUCGGAAUUUAUCAGGGGUUUCGAAUCCCGGAUAAGCCAAUUAAAGGUAAGUUUCCUGAGAUUGAAUUUGAGCAUCCAGAUUGUGUGCUUGUUGUUUUUCCUAAUGGUGUCAAUGAUUUUAAUGUGAAUUAUAAGGAAUUGAGCUUGGCGAUAAUGGAGUUUGGGAAUUUAGAGUGGAUAGGGAAUCCGAAUUCGCUUAGCAAAAAGCAUGUUUGCUGGGAUGUAAUUUAUUCAACUGCAGAAGCUGUUAAAAAGCCCUUAAAGAUAGAUGAUAGGUUUUUAGUUGAUAAAUUUCAGAGCAGUGGGGUUUGUAGUGAAGGGUCUUAUAAGGGUUUUAGCGCUAGGGAAAUUAUUAGGAAGAGGAGGAGUGCGGUAGAUAUGGAUGGAGUUACUAAAAUUGAGAGAGAUACAUUUUAUCAGAUUAUGUUGCAUUGUCUUCCUUCUGGUUGUGGAAGUGGAGAGAAGCAGAAGAGGCAAUUGGCAUUGCCAUUUCGGGCACUUUCAUGGGAUGCGGAGGUGCAUGCAGUUUUGUUUGUGCAUAGAGUGGUUGGGUUGCCUAAAGGGUUGUAUUUCUUGGUGAGGAAUGAAGAUCACUUGGAUGAGCUUAAGAAAUCCACAAGGGCUGAGUUUAAGUGGGAGAAACCAGAGGGAUGUCCUGUUGACUUGCCCUUGUAUGAACUUGCUAGGAGUGAUUGCCAGCAGAUUGCUAAACAGCUCUCAUGCCAUCAGGACAUUGCUAGUGAUGGCUGCUUCAGCCUUGGUAUGGUGGCUCAUUUUGAGCCUACUUUGCACAGCAAGGGUGCAUGGAUGUAUCCUAGAUUGUUUUGGGAGACUGGAGUUCUUGGCCAGGUUUUGUACCUUGAAGCGCAUGCAGUUGGCAUUUCUGCUACUGGGAUUGGUUGUUUCUUUGAUGAUCCUGUGCAUGAAAUUCUUGGAUUAAGGGGAUCAAACUUUCAGAGUCUGUAUCACUUCACUGUUGGAGGCCCUGUCUUGGACAAGCGGAUAAUGAAUCUGCCAGCUUAUCCUGGCCCGAGCACUGAUGCAUGAUUGCAAUAUGUUUGCCGCAACACUCAGGGCUUCUGUCAGCUGCCUUUUGUCACCAAGACAAGUACAUACAGAAUAGAUUUUGAAGAGUUACAACUUCAUACGAGAAUAUAAUUUGUAUUCUUAGGUUUAUACAAGUCCCCAGCGUGACAUUAACUUCAUAAUUUCUUCCUCUGUGCUUUUUUUUUUUUUCCGGGUUUGGCUGUCUGGGGCGGGGGAGGGGAGCUAGAGACAGGCCAAGAGUGUGCUCAAUGUUCUUUCAUUGGCUGGAUCAAGGUUUGUUUUAUAUGUUGUAAAGUGCAACUCAGACUUCAAUAAUGAGUUACAUAAUAGAUAUCUUUGAUCGUGCCAUAAA